CAUACGUACCUGCGGCCGCAGAUCAUACUGGUGUCGGUAAUCUUCACCCUUCUCACAGAUACCAAACUCCUAUUGUAUCCAAAUUCCAGACGCAAAAAUGUUAUAACGCUGAAAAUGAUACCCCAGUAAAUUCUGCUGAUUUCAGUUUAAAUUCAAUUGCAAAAACUUCCACACGGCAUCCUACUCUGAACUUUGAGGGCGGCGUAGAAUAUGUUUGUCAACCCCACAUCAGUGGCCUAAGUCAACCAUUACUACUACAACCUCAUAUCAGUGGCACAAGUCAACCAUUACUUCCACAAACUCAUAGGACCUCUUCUUCUCCGCAAGAGCAGAUUUCAGGCGAAUUUGCUUAUCCUGUGACGACAUCAAGUGUCAGAAUGCCUCCUACUGCAGCAAUGCAAGUUUCUAAAGAUCCUUCUUUGGGACCAUCAUCGUCACCUCCAAAUUCUGUCGGUUCAAGUGUACUUGCCGACGAUAAAAUGGCGAUGGUUGAUGUAAACAGCUUUUCCGCAAACGACUCUCAAUCAGCAGCAUCUUUAGCUGCAAACAUCUCGGCAAGUGCGACUACUACCACAACCCGGGCAUCUCCUUCUCUGGACGCGGUUGCCGGUCACAGUAGUUCAAAGGGUAAUCACACCCCAAGCUCCUCUACUCAUGGUACAUCAACAGAAACUUUUGUGAAAGACUCAAGUGUUCUGGAGUCAAACUCAUCGACAAGAAGAAGCUACGAAGAAAUGUGUUCAUCGCUCAAGCAGAUUUGGAACGUCACGAAUGCCUGCUCAGCUUGCAGCAGCCAUUUGCAAACGGUGGCAUCUUCAUCAGCACCGCACGCAACUUUAGCUACCUUUGGUACAAGCAGGAGCUCAGCAUCGGAGGUUGGAUACAAUGACGCAAGAAGCUUCCAGUACUCUUCUCAAGCUUCUUUGGAAGCAUGCAACAACAACGCGGGGACAAUAAUAAACCAUUUAAUUAAAGUUUCUGAACCUGAGAACCUCGGUGAAAAGCAUGUCGCCAACAAAUUGUCGUGCGACGUUCAGUCGACAGAAGCUCCACAAGAGCGUCUCUCGAGCUCAGCUAAGGAAGAGGGAGUCUGUGAUGGCAAAAAUGAUUACGACGUGAAUGAUAUCAUCGAUGUAGUGUCUGUCCGUGAGGCAACAUGUACGAAAACAACCGAAACUAUUCCGGGACAACAUCCUACUUUGAAAAUAGACGAGCCAAAUUCACGGCCGUUCAGCCAACCUCUGCAGAUGUCGAUGACGGUGCGUAACGAGGCCAUCAAACAGCAGAUGUUACAAGGCUGUCUAGUGAGCUCCAGAAUUUUCACAAAAGAAUUGACUCCUCACAACAGAGUGAGUCAGUCAACACAAGAAGCUCCUUGUCCAUCUGCUUCAAGUAACGAAACCCUCGAUCUGUGUACUCGGCCUAAAGCUUCCCCAUCGAACUCAAAUUCUCCGCACUUGCCAUCAACCGGGCCCAUCGAUAUUCAACCUUCGAGUCCUGACAAUCAGCAUGACCAGAAUGCCCUCUCCGCUUCAGCUCCAGGCAAUUCAAAUGAUCAGCCCAGAGAUCAGGCACCCCAUUCUGGGACUUUUUCUAUCAAAAGCUCGUUGUCAGGAGACUUUUUCUCAGUAGCUAGUCUUGCGCGCAGCAGCAGCUGCAACAGCGUUGUUGAGGAGGACAGAGUAGGAAGUUUUCCCUGCGCUCCGACGAGCAACCUUCCACCCCACAUCCUAGCUUGGCUUCUCGGCUCCCAGCUAAAUCCCCUGCAUAGGAUGCAGCAUUCCUUGAAUACCAUGGCUAUCCCGAACUCAUCCCUACUGGGGUUGAGCUCGUUGUACUCCCCCUCCCCCGCGGUGUCCCCCGACGAGCCUCUCGACAUCAAGCCCCUCGACCUGAGCUCGAAAGCCUCGGGGUCGCCAGACUCGCCCAUGGUUUGGCCGCUGGACGCCGCCCGGCCCUCGCAUCCACCUACCGCUAAGCCAUCAGUUCUGGGCGCCGUGGGCUGCCUGACGUACGACGGCGACGCAGACAGCGGCGGCAGGGCGGUGCUCAGGUCCCUAGGGGCGAGCGGACCAGCGGCUACGCCCCCGCUGCCUGAGCCUCUCUCUACCGAGGACCUGAUCACCCGCGUGCUGGAGGCUAAGGCCUCAGGCAGAGGGCGGCGUCGCACGGACCAGAGCAAGCGGUCCUACACAGACACAGAACUGCAGGCCGCUCUGCGGGACAUCCAGAGUGGCAAGCUCGGCACGCGCAGAGCUGCCGUCAUAUACGGCAUACCGCGCUCCACUCUGAGGAAUAAGGUAUACAAGUUGGCCAUUGAGAAGGAGCGAGCAAAGAAGGUACUGGAGCAGAACGCGGCGGAAGCGAUGACGCUGUUGCCGAUGCCAGAAGAAGCGGCUUUCACUUCAUCCGAGACGCUACGGGCUCUCAUUAGGAAUAAAAUGGCGAUCAAACUGGAAGAAAUUACAAAGAUUUCGCCAUCUGAUUUACAUUGCAGGGACGAAGAAGUAAUGGAUCGAAGGCAAGCACAAGAUCCAGCACUUGCUCACCUCAUUGAGAACAUCACAUCUCUUGCCCUCAGUACCGAGCGCUCAGAGAUACUGGACAACCUCAUGAGCUCGCUCUCUCUGUACCCCAAGCUAGAAGACUUCGCUAAGCGAAUGAUCGAGAAACGAUACGCGGAAGAAAUAAACAGGAGCAAGCUGGCAGUAAGCGAUUCGCUGCGAGGAAUGACGCAUUUGACAGGAACCACGUCAAUUUCGCCUGAUCCGAGUCUCGUGAUUCCUUCAUAUGACCCUGCCGGCAAUUCAUACUCAAGUACGUUCGAUCACAGCGCUAAGCCUCUUUCAGAACCUAGUCAAGGUUUCGCUCGUCCAAUUGAUCCUGCUGAUUUUAAAGUCAUGAUCACUCACUACAUGAACCAGAAAAACGGUGCGGCUGAAUGCACUGGACGUCCAGUUGUGCGAGAUGAUCUUUCGAGUGGCGAGAAACUUCCCGAAAUGAGGAGCCCCACAGCUAUUCACGCAUCCGCUGCUCCAGCCAAGGAGAAGAGAGGCAAGAAGCGUGCAGGAUCUCCUGUUAGCAGUUGCAGCAGCGGAGGUAAGGGAUCGAGGCCGAAAAGAGGCAAAUAUCGAAAUUAUGACCGAGAAAAUCUUAUCAAGGCUGUACAAGCUGUCCAGAGCGGGGAGAUGUCCGUUCAUCGAGCUGGAAGUUUUUAUGGCGUACCUCACUCUACCCUUGAGUACAAAGUAAAAGAAAGACAUUUGAAUCGUAAUAAAAAGAAAGACGGUGCACCUACAACUCCCACUGCCACGAACCCAAAUACUGUUAAAUCUAUACCAGCUCUUUCAGGUCGCCCGACCAUGGUACCUCCUCACUCAUUCUCAUUAGAGAAUACAAUGUUUGGCAGAGAAUUUUCUCAUGCUCAGGAAGAGGCUGCUGCCACCAUUGAUCUCACUGAGGAUGAUGGAGCGAACGUACUCACUAACGACUUGAAUGACACCUACAAUCUAACGAAAAUGAAGUUCGAUGUCCUCGAUAUGGACGACAAUAGCGAUUCUCCUAAUUCAACCCAAGUGAAUCCCUUCAACCUCUGGAAUUCUCCGUCUCCUCUCAUUCCAUCUUUUCUUCCUAAUCCUUACGAGCGUGAAUCAUUUUACGCGUCUCAGAUGAUACGAAGGUUUCAAGAAGCGGCAAGCAGUAGUUUCCAAGACAACUUUCAGGAACAAAAUUCAAGCCGUUCGCCCGUAGUUCAUCGUUCAGAACAAGAAAGUCCAAUGCAGGGACAGUCAUCGGGAUCCUGCUCACCAAAUUUAGAGAAGGCUCGCCCUGGGACAGAUAGUGACACAUCUGUCACGAAUAGUAGUGUCUUGGACGCCCUAUUACGAGGCAAGUCCCCUAUUGAGGCCGCGGCAGCCGUUUCAGCAAACCCUGGCUCUCCCCAGCCGUCGUCUGACAUCGUGUCCAACCCUUGGUCAGUCUCUUCCCAACUUUUGAACUUGAGCAAACGGUUAACAGAAGUUCAAGAAGAAAACUUAGAUCUUGUCACUCAACAGUCGCCGAGCAUUUCAGCGAUAAAUGCUCUUCGUUCGCUUGGCCUUCAAAGUUCACUAGCAGCAGCGUUGAGGAGGCAAGGUCCAUCUGACGUCCAGUCUAGAGAAGCCCACGAUAUGGAAGCUGCUAGUUCAUCUCGGUCUCAGUCAAUCUCCGAAGCUGUGGCGAGUGUUCCGGAGAACGUCGCUCCAUCAUUUGAUGUUCAAGGAAAUAACAUCUGCAUGGAUGACGACCUUGCUUCAAGCAAUAAUAAUUAUCUUCGUGAAAUUGACGACAACGAAGGCAAAGUAACGAAUAGCCCAAACGAGACGGACUCCUCAGACUGAGUAAUGGCGAAUGUGCGUCGUUUACUGGCUCUAAAAGAAAGUGUUUUCGAUGUGCGAUCUCUCAUGUACUAUCUUAUGUUUGUGUCAGCUUGUGCUCGCCGGUGAGGCUCCUUCAUGUUCACGAAGGGAUUUGUGGAUAAUAGUUGCAAUUGUUGUUUUAUCUCUUCAAAUACUCUCAUUGAUGUGUCACUGGUGCUUGGCGUUUUCAACUUUUUGAAGCCAUGACGAUUCUUGUUAUUGAAAUAGAAUGUAAGAAGGAUUUUAACUGAAAUUUAUGGAAGCAGAAACUUCAACAAUAAGAAGUGGCAUUACAGUGGAGCUACGUUCAGUAGAACAUAAUGUGAGGAAAUUUGUGGCUGAUGUGUACUUCCUUACUUCAUCCAUGCAGCCCGUUGUUUUAUCAUGAAAUGUUAAUAAAGUGUCUCUAAGUUCUCCGCUAUAUCUGAAGAGGACUUACUUCAACUGUUGUAAAUUAAAACUGUUGUACGCUUUGGAGAAGAGUGUAGUGAAUUGUCUAAUUUAUUGCUCAGUUAAUGUACGGUACAUUCCCAUUUCGUGAGGCCUAAAUAGAAAAGCCUUAGCAAUUCCAAAAGUUUAGGCUAUAGCUUUGUUGUUUACUGCACUGUCAGCUUUGAUGACAAGGGGGUCGAUUGUGUGGUGGAGAACGCCAAUGGCCAGCCUAGCAUGAUCUGGAGUUAAGUUUUUGUCGAAGAAACGCUAGAAUUUGUAUAACUAGUAUCGGGAGGCCAGGGUCACUGUAGUUUUAUAUCAGUGUUUCAGUAUAAGCGUUUCAAGACUUUCGUGUGUUAACUCGAAGCAAUAAGUUGAUGGGAGGGUGUGUUGCUGCAGUGAUGAGGAUUAUCACUAUUAUAUCAUACUCCUUGCUUCACUAUUUUCUUUGACAUCUUCGCUGCGUAAGCAAUUCUUAUCAAUAUACUCGUUUCUUUUCUUGCUUAACUCGACAAAAUUCCUUGCAAUUGGGAGUGAAUUCUGACAAAAGAACUCCAACAAUAUCUCGGUUAUGGACCAACAUUUCAAGGACCUACCUAAACCAAACCAAGCAAGUAAUGAAAGGUUUGAUCUGUCCUAACUUACGCAUGUGUUCGGGAAUUAAAAAAUGGCGUUACUUUUGUCGUCUCAGCAACCGUACGAUGUUCUAAUGAUCAAGGUCUGCAGCCUGGAGUGUUUGUCCGGCAUUUUGGCUCGUUCAAUGAUCCCUUGAUACUGCAGUGGGUGAAGGACCGUGAAGCUUCAUCUAUAACUUGUGAUUCAUUAGGUUGUAAGUUUAGAGUUUGUUAAGUAGAGUGUGUAGUGGACUAGUGGUCUUUCUUCUCUAGAGUUAGGCGCCGUGUGCAAUAAUUUCUCUGGUUGUUGGUCCGGUACUUAGGACGAAGUGAAAGCAGCAGCAAUCAUAUUGAAAUAACUGCAUUUCUACAGCUUAUGCAGAUGCUUCUCGAGACAACUGUCUCUCACUUUUCGUGGCAUUCAAUCGUUGAAUAGGGCAGCUUGUGCAUUUCUUUUCCCCUCUUCAUUGUGAUCGGCAGAACGAUUGAUCAUUAGUUGCGUCGCACCUCUUCCGCUCCUAAGAAUUUGUAUAGGCUUGAUUUUGUUGUGAAUGCCCACGAUCAGAACUUUGUAAUUGGCUACAGUGAGUAUUUACUGCUUCAGUUGGUUAUCCAUUUAUCUGUUGUCUUCUUCUCCAUCCUCGACUGCUUUAAACUUGUAAAAAACAUUGAACCAACAUGCUCUCUGGAUUGGUGUUUCUUUACGUUUUCGCCAGGCUUCUCAGUAUCAUGGUUGUUUGCAUACAUUCUACUUUCAGUAAAUGGAAGUCGCUCUUGUGAAUUAUUAUGAGAGCAAAUUGGUUUAGGAAUUUACAUCCUUGUAUUCCUAUGGAAUUGUAAACUUUUUGGUGCUCGCUCGCUGACAUUUGCGUGUUUUUUUAUUUCGCCAGCUCUUGACAGUCCAUAGUCCGACAUGGACUCCAUUCCUUGAAGAAAUCGUCUCAUGCGAAGGAAUCGGUUAGAUAUGAGCCUAAUGAGACGACAAGUCUUUGCAUCGUUCUGAAAGCGUGUUUUAUUUCGAGUAACGAAUACAAAGCAGUUUCAUGUAUGCAGUAACGCAGGCAGCAGUUUUAUCGCUGCCUGCGUUAUGCCUCGUGCAGGACUAGUUAGCAUGGUUAGGUAAGCUUAGUCACUGUUGCCUCCUUCUCAAGUCCCCAAGAUGUUGCUCCUAAAUGUUAUCGAUGUUUGUGUCAAGUUUAUUGUCUUAUGCUCCUACAUCCUCUUGUAUCACUCAAUGUGCAGCGGAACGUUGGUUUCGAUAGGAGCGCUUCUGAAUAUCUUACGCUACCGAGUUUCGGGAGCUGGAGAACUACACACCCGAUCCCGUCACGAUGCCGUAUUAAGUUUUAUUAACGAGCAAGUUAUGAAGAGUUCACAUCUAAAUUUACAGUCAGUUAAGGGCAUUGGGUUUUGUAUUCAAAUUGAUCAGAAAUUUAAAUGAUCCACGCCGGCGCGCAUAUUCCACAUGCAAUUUUCGAGUGCCGGUUACAAAUAACCCGCGUUUAAUGUUUAACUCACGCAUUCCAAAGACGAUAUCGUUAGUUUGUCUAUUGUUAUGUGUAUUUAUUGCAGCUUUUUAUUUGUUGUAGUUAAGAUUGAAAAUACUUUAUUAUGAGCUCAUAUUUCUAAUUUUAUCUUUCAGUAAUUUAUGCACAUAAAUUCUUAUUGUAUCUCACCUUAGUAACAUAUUUGCACCAAGACGUGCUUUUUAGAGCUUCAUGUUCAUAUAAAGUUUUUUAGAGACGCAACAUAGCGUCUAAAUUUCCCUGCCAGUGCAAUAACGUAUACGAAGUUUCUAUGUGAUCAUUGAAUCGUGGCAAUAUCAAGCAUUUAGUAGUGCCGUUUCCGGCAACUUGUUACUAUCUACCGGGCCGCGAAGCUUAUAUUCAAUGUAUAAAUACUUUUAGGUCAAUUUAUUUUUAAAAAUUUGCGCAAGAUUAGAGAAUAUCUCUCAACUUCUUUAAAGUUUCGGUUUAAAAUGAGUUUUUUUUCUUCAUGUCAAUCAAUGUGUUGGCUUUGGGCUGAGAACUGCCAUAAGAUACGACCGAGCUUCAGUUUAUGCAUAGCGAGUGAAAGACAUUUGUUGUGUCUUGCCCGACGACACGCAAGCUUGUCGUGCUCUGAAUCGACUCGUCGCCGACAAAAGACAAACCCGGUGUCGAAUUAUAUACUUAUUAAUUUUUUCCGCCUAAAAGGAACGCUCCGUUGGAAGCGGUCUCACUUGUUUGUGUUCUGUUGUAGAUACGACGUAGAUGCUUAUUAUUUAUUUAUAGAAAGUUUAUUCCUUGCUUAAAGUUAUGUUUGUACUUGCUUGAGUCUGUUUGUCUUAAGCCACCAGGGACUUUAUCAAUAGUAUUUUACUUUUCUGUAUAUUAAGAAGAACGGCCUUUAAAAAUUCUUAUUUACCAGUCUCCGACCAAUUGUUAUUUUCUACAUCGUAUAUCUAUUUUCUAUGACUUAACAUAAGACUUUUCAUCUUCGCCUGCGGCCAACAUGGCGUCUAGAACUACAUUUCUGCACUUGAAAAGAUGUCUACUUUUGAAAAUGUUCCAAUUCGAGCUUAUUAUUCACUAAGACUUUAUGCUCAUCACCCACCUGAAGCCAACGGAUGGAUGCAUGAAUGAAUUAUGAAUGACA